AUGGGAUACAAUCGUCCAUCUGCUUUCCAGUUGUCACAAGAGAAGUUGAAGGCAGUUCAACCAAGAGACCCGCAGGAAAAUGUGCGCAACUUUUUGAACUUCCAGAGCCUGGACAGAUUGCAGACGGUCAAUGAACCUGCCAGUCCACCACGAGAGCUUCUAUCGUCUCCUGAGUCUGGAUCUCCUGACUCCGCUAAAGUCACCCCUACUCUUGCAGAAAAUCUGCGACAUUUGCCACGACUCCGGAUUCCCAGCAUGCAUAAUUCUGACAGCUCGGCUUUUUCUGGAGGCCUGUCGGCCCAAAAAACCGUCACGCCAUCGGUGCUAUCUCGACGAGGUCAAUUCAUGUCAAAUAAUAUGACUGCGAUUCACGGGAAUGAGCAGAUACCGCUGCGUGGAACAGGCAUGUCCCCUGGUGAUUUCUAUCGUCUCGAUCCAUGUUAUAGACAAGAAACACCUUUCUCAGAUACCGAUGCCCCCGUUACCGCAUUGCCCAUUGGUCCAGUUGCGCGAGAGGAGUCCCAGUCUGUUCCUCCGAACAUGCGGUUCGGAAAUGAGAGAUUUAUCAUGGCGGACCCCCUGAUUCGACCAGAAUCUACCAAGACAGAGAACCACCAACGGCGUCCUUCAACCCACAACGUCGCAUCAUUAGACCAUCUCAAAGAUAGCCGAGCAUUGAGGCCUAUUGAAACUCCUGAAGACCUCCAAAGGAUGCCUCGAGCACCUAGUUGCCGAAACAAGAGCCAUGCUACUUCGGGCCAACGUGAGCACGAUGCAGUGACACAUUGUGGAUGGAUGAAAAAGCGGAAGACUACUCGGCUCUUGCGACAUGAGUGGCAGGACCAUCAUUUUACGCUCAAGGGAACUCAGCUAGCAAUGCACAAUGACGAGGAAUCUGCCCAUCGUAACUCCAAGGCGUUGGAGUACAUAGAUGUGGAUGACUAUGCUGUCGCUUGCUCCUCGCUCGCGUCUAGCUCAAAGUUGACAGCUGCCUUCAAGAAAACAGUCUUGAAGCGUCGAGAUAAUGCGACAGGGGAUUCGGCCUUUGCAUUCUCGUUAAUUCCAGCGCCUAACAACGGCGGUGGUCUUAUUGAUCGCAAAACAAUGCUUUUGAACAGUGGGAAAUCCCACCACUUCGCCGUCAAAACUCGCGAUGAACGCAUCGAAUGGAUGCGAGAGGUGAUGCUGGCUAAGACCACCAAGCGUGCUCUGCAAGCUGGGGACACAGUCAAUAUAAAUGGGAGCAACAUGAUUUGA